AGAGAGCAGUGUCGGAGGGUGGGAGGCAGCCAGCCAGAGGUAUGUCCACGGGAAGUUAGAAUCAACAGCAGUGGCUGAGAGCAGGCCGUGCAGGAGCCCCUGUGUACCUACCAACCAACCCACCGCCUCCUGGACCUGCCCCCUCCCUCCUCCUCCUCCUCCUCCUCUCCGCCUCUGCUGCGGCUCUUCACGCUACCAGCCGCUGUCUGGUCGCAGCGGUCCGGCUCCAACAUCCCCGAUGCGCCGCGGCGGCUGGAGCCUCCUUCACCUCCCUCUCGGUGCAAUGCAACACGGGCCGGUGCUCCCAGGGUGUCCUGCUACAGCUAACGGAGGGUUUUAACAGCAACAUGUCAGAGCGAGUCACAUCUGGGGCCUCUGCACGUCUCUUCUUUGCUCUAUCGCGGCUCUUGGUUCAUGUUUCUUCCGCGCACUUCUGAGGAAGACUCCCCUCCGCUGCUGCACUUCAGAUUUUGGGAUAUCUGUAGCAUUUUCGGGUUCUGCAGACGUCUUAGAGGAAACCCAGAGAGCUGAUUGAGAGCAAAACAUUUUAAGAGGCUUCACAGCUCCGUCAUAUUUGGGAGGAUUUACAGUGUCUGGCUGCAGGACCACCGGUUGAACCGUUAGGAGUUAAUUGUUUCUGGAAGUGUUUGAGGAGAAAGGUGUGGUGCUUUGACUGUAAACACGUCACGUAUCAAGUGUUGGGACCGCACAGCGCCAUGGUGAUCUUCAAUGGGCAGCUGAAGAUCAAGAUCCGCGAGGCUCUGGACCUCAAACCGACGGCAUGGUCCCUGCGUCACGCCGUCGGCCCCAAGACCCAGACCUUCCUCCUGGACACAUACAUCGCCCUGAACGUGGACGACUCCCGCGUGGGCCAGACCUCCACCAAGCAGAAGACCAACAGCCCCGCGUGGAACGAUGAGUUCACCACGGAGGUGCACGACGGCCGCAGGAUCGAGCUCUCCGUGUUCCACGACGCGCCCAUCGGAUACGACGACUUCGUGGCCAACUGCAUCAUCCAGUUCGAGGACAUCCUGCACAACGGCAGCAAGCACUUCGAGGACUGGGUUGACCUGGAGCCAGAGGGGAAGGUGUAUGUUGUUAUUGACCUUUCAGGAUCUUCCAGUGAAGCUCCAGCUGGCUCCACCGAAAAUGAGGAGCGAGUGUUUCGGCAGCGGAUGGGUCCCAGGAAGCGCCAGGGUGCCGUCCGCCGGCGGGUCCACCAGGUCAACGGACACAAGUUCAUGGCCACCUACCUGAGGCAGCCCACCUACUGCUCCCACUGCAGGGACUUCAUCUGGGGCGUCCUAGGGAAGCAAGGCUACCAGUGUCAAGUGUGUACCUGUGUGGUCCACAAGCGCUGCCAUGAGCUGAUCAUCACCAAGUGUGCAGGGAUGAAGAAGCAGGAGGACACAGUGGAGGAGCAGGUCGGCUCUCAGAGGUUCAGUGUCAACGUGCCGCAUAUGUUCAGCAUCCACAACUUUAAAGUUCUCACCUUCUGCGACCACUGUGGGUCUCUGCUCUGGGGUCUGCUGCGACAGGGACUCCAGUGUAAAGUGUGUAAAGUGAAUGUACACAGGCGCUGUGAGAGUAACGUAGCUCCUAACUGUGGCGUGGACGCCAGAGGAAUCGCUAAAGUCCUCUCUGACCUCGGAGUCACACCAGACAAGAUCUCCAACAGCGCCCACAGACGGAAAAAGCUUCCUCAGGGUCAGGACCCCCAGCAGCCAUUAUCAGGGCCCAAGACAGAAGACGAUCGCUCGAGGUCCGCCCCCACCUCACCGUGUGACCAGGACGUGAAGGAGCUGGAGAACAUCCGCAAGGCGCUAUCGUUUGACCACCGCGCAGAGGAGCACACAAAACACCCCCUCUCCUCCCCGUCAUCUGUAGCCACGGUAACAGAGGACAGUCACAAAGAUGGAGGAGGCAAGGUCGGAGUCGAGGGCGAAGGGAACCGGGAGAACGGAGAGGUCAAAGGUCACAGCGCUCCUGAAAUCAAGAGGAUGAAUUUGCACGACUUUGUGUUCAUCAAAGUUCUGGGGAAAGGAAGCUUCGGGAAGGUGAUGCUGGCGGAGCUGAAAGGCACCGACGAGGUCUACGCUGUCAAAGUGCUGAAGAAAGACGUGAUCCUGCAGGACGACGACGUGGACUGCACUCUGACCGAGAAACGGAUCCUGGCCCUGGCCAGAAAACACCCGUACCUGACACAGCUCUUCUGCUGCUUCCAGACUAAAGACCGGUUGUUCUUUGUGAUGGAGUACGUUAACGGAGGCGACCUGAUGUUUCAGAUCCAGCGGUCAAGGAAGUUUGACGAGGCGCGGUCUCGUUUUUACGCAGCUGAGGUCACGUCCGCUCUGAUGUUCCUGCACCGGCAUGGAGUCAUAUACAGAGACUUGAAGCUGGACAACAUACUGUUGGAUGCAGAGGGUCACUGUAAGCUGGCAGACUUCGGGAUGUGCAAGGAGGGAAUCCUCAGUGGAGUCACCACCACCACUUUUUGUGGGACACCAGAUUAUAUCGCUCCCGAGAUCCUUCAAGAGCUGGAUUAUGGCCCGUCAGUGGACUGGUGGGCUCUGGGGGUGCUGAUGUAUGAGAUGAUGGCAGGCCAGCCACCAUUUGAAGCUGAUAAUGAAGAUGAUCUGUUCGAGUCCAUCCUCCAUGACGACGUCCUCUACCCUGUCUGGCUCAGCAAGGAGGCUGUGUCCAUUCUUAAAGCGUUCAUGACCAAGAGUCCUAACAAGCGUCUGGGCUGUGUGGUGGCUCAGGGUUUGGAGGAGGCCAUUAAGCAUCAUGUGUUCUUCAGAGAAAUCGACUGGACGCUGCUGGAGCAGAGGAAGAUCAGACCACCAUUCAAACCACGCAUCAAAACCAAAAGGGAUGUGAAUAACUUUGACCAGGACUUUACACGUGAAGAACCCAACCUGACGCCGGUGGAAGACAGCAUCAUCAAGCAGAUCAACCAAGAUGAGUUUAAAGGAUUCUCCUACUUUGGAGACGAGACUGUGGCCUAAGCACACACACUGACACACACAGUAUAACAACAUACAUAGCCUACACACCACCAUCACCACACCUAAAAGAUCUUCAAGCAAAGACAUAAUAUUUAAAGAAACACGGCCUCUGGAAUGAGACCUUUUGAACUUUUACAGAUUCUGACCACUCCAGGAAUUAUACUAGACCACCUGUAUUGCUCUCUUUAUGGUUUCUGUGCUCUUGUUGUUUGUCCAUUUGUGCAUAUCCCAUCAAACUAUGUGCUGAAGCAGCAUGUGAGCGCAGGUCAGAUACUGCAAGAAACGCUCCCUCACGUGGUCCGGAUGUAUCUCUGAUGCAGGUAAAACAGUGGACAAAACCAAACUCUGUGUUUUCAGGGGGGUGUUUGGAUUAAAACGGUGGGCAAGGACAUGGGCUGUUAGUGUGUGUGUGUGUGUGUGCGUGUGUGAGAGAGCGAUAUUGUGAGUGCAAGCGUGCAUGCAUGCGUAGUUGCAAACCUCUAGAAAGAAUAAGACUGUCAUUUCUGUACAUGAUGUGCUGUAUCCUGUGUCUAUCUCUGUGUUUAAAGAAUGUUUUUUCUUCCCUUAACUUGUAUGUGAAUGGAAAAAAAAUGAACCAAUGAUUGUAUUUAAAGAAAAAAAAAAGGUCUUGAAAAGUACUUUAUUCAUUACAAAAGAGAUGUAAAAAGGAAAUGCAAGAAAUCAAAGAUUUUGUUUGGAUGAAGUCAUUAAGAAAUGAGAA